CAUAAAUCCUCCCCCGUUUGGGAAUGAAAACCUAACCAUAAUUCUAGCUCAGAAUUCUGUUAAUUCAAUGGAGCAAUCUAAUCAAACCGAUGAAAACGAUCAUGACCCAUCAAGUCAAACCGAUCAAAAGGACGGUUGCUUCUUCGACGUGCUCGAAGAUUUUCCGUUUCAUGAUUCAGAUCAAUCCGCUUCAGACUCCACUCUGCUCGAACCCUUUCCCGAGGUUUCCCAUCGGAGAAACAUUCUCCGGCGACGGAGCCGGCCAACAUCCGACCGUGGAAUCUACGGCACCUUAUCCAACGACUCCAAUCAUGAGUCUUCCUGUAUCAGCUCAUACAUUACCGAAAAUUACGACCACAAAACUGAAUACAAAGAGAAAGGACAGAGAUAUUAUCGCGAUUUAAAGGAAAAUGAGAACAAUUUGUACUUUACUGAGUCAAAUCGGUGGAAUGGGGACCGAGUCGACUUAGUUGAAGUUACAAGCAAAGUAGGAGAGGAUGAUGACGAGGAGAUGGAGAAUGAUGACCUGGUUGGUGACUCUGUGGACACGGCGGGCGAACUCGGGGACAACUCCUCUCCAAAUUUGCUCGAGUGUAUGGCUCGAUUGGUGAUUAAGGCAAUUUGGUUUGAAGUUCGUUUAUUUUUUAAAUUUAUUACGUUUCCCAUAUUGGCUUUAUAUAACUCCUACAUGUUUGUUAUUGAUCCAUUUGGAGUAAUAAGGCGUGGCAGAGGUUUUUUAAUGAAAAAAUUGAUUGGUUUAUGCAAUCGGAUUAUUUGGUAUCUUAGUUCACUGAUAAUCGGCUGGUUAAAGGACCGAAUAUCGAUACGGAAGCUUCUGGUGCGAUUUGCGUGGAGGAUGUUUUGGUCUUUUUAUGUUUGUAUGAUCUUGUGUAUAUUAGUGAUUUUCUCGAUGAUGGUUAGUGGCUCUUUGGUCAUAAAUUUGUUGGAGAAGCCAGUGCAGAUAAGGGAAGAAUUGAGUUUUGAUUACACUGAGAAUAGCCCUGUUGCAUUUGCGCCUAUAAUGUCAUGUGGUGGUGUUGGUUGUGAUUUAAACUGUGUAAAGAAGAGUUUGGGGCGACGGGUUGUACAACCUAAUGAUAAGUUGGAAGUUAAUGUGCUACUAACAUUGCCAGAGUCUGCAUAUAACAAAAAUCUUGGGCUGUUUCAGGUCCGGGUAGACCUCCUGUCUCCAUAUGGUAAAACCCUUGCCAGCAAACGUCAACUGUGCAUGUUAAAAUUCAGAAGUGAACCUGUCCGCUUCUUACUAAAUUUCUUUAAGAUUGUACCUCUGGUCACUGGCUACACGUCAGAAAUCCAAACUCUAAAGGUUAAGAUUAGAGGUUUUAAGGAAGGAGAUGAGCCUACUUCCUGCCUAAAAGUGACAGUUGAGCAACGAGCUGAAUUCCAGGCUGAAGGUGGUGUCCCAGAAAUAUAUGAUGCAUCCCUUGUACUUGAGACUGAUCUUUCUAUAUUGAAAAGGAUUAUAUGGUGUUGGAAGAACACCAUUUUUGCAUGCAUCAGCAUGAUGCUGUUUAUAAUCGAAUUGUUGUUUACCAUAAUCUGUUGUAGACCUGCAAUUAUUCCAAGAACCAGGUCAAGAGGGGUUCCUGCUCUCAACAAUUCAACACCAAACAUCUCACUAAAUAGGUUUGGAACAAGGUGUUCUGUGUUUGAUGAUAAUGAUGAAAGUAAAGACUGAACCUUCAACCGCAGCAGUCCUUUCUCUGUGCCACCUGAACUCAUCUUAGGUAUGGCACUGGAUCAACUUUUUACCUAUCUUUACCACAAUGUACAUAUUAUUAUUUAUCAAUGAUUUAAUUGAGGAAUAAUUUACAUUUGGAAA